AUGAACAACUCUGGUGGCCGGUCGUGCCUUAGGCACAAUGAUUCAUACAACGCUACUCGUAUCAGCCCUCGGAAUAUCUUCAGCGUUGGCUCAGAGCCCAGUCUGGGGGCAAUGUGGAGGGCAAAACUGGACUGGUGCUACCAGUGCGUUGUUCACUGGUUGCGUCAAGAAUUCCUCUCAGUACUUUCUCCAGCUUGCGUAGCAGGUAGCGCUUGUGUAUACCAAAACCCUUACUACUCUCAGUGUCUGCCCUCCGAUCAAGUGACGACCACCGUAAUCAGCAGCACAACGGUGCCGCCCUCUAGUUCUCGAUCAACAAGUACAACUACUUCCCGCACUUCGUCAGCCUCUGCCCCAGCGCAAACGGGCUUCGUCAAGACCUCUGGGACGCGUUUUACUUUGAAUGGCUCGAAAUUUACCGUUGUUGGCUCAAAUGCUUACUGGCCUGGCCUUCUGGGAUACAGCACGGCCGAUAUUAACAAGGCUUUCACGGAUAUUGCAAAUAGUGGUGCAACCACCGUGAGAACUUGGGGAUUCAAUGAGGCCACGUCCCCCAAUGGUGUUUAUUUCCAUCUCUGGAACGGAGCUACCGCUACAGUCAAUACUGGUGCAAAUGGUCUCCAAGUCCUCGACACUGUCAUCGCUUCGGCCAAGGCUCACGGAAUAAGACUCAUCAUUGCUCUCACGAACAAUUGGUCUGAUUUCGGUGGGAUGGAUACAUAUACUGCCCAAAUUCUCGGUUCUGGUCAACCACACGAUGCAUUCUACACGAACUCUGCGGUCAUUGUUCGUAUAUUAGUUACUCUCCUUGCGCUGCCUGAGCUUCCGCAGUCUUCUUUCAAGACCUAUGUGCAAGCUAUCGUCUCUCGCUAUGUCAACGAGCCCACAAUUAUGGCUUGGGAGCUUGCCAACGAACCAAGGUGUGGAGGCAGCAACACACAAGCUUCUUCCAGCUGCACACCCACGACGAUCACUACUUGGGCCUCUAACAUAUCUGCAUACAUCAAGUCGAUUGAUUCAAACCAUCUCGUUGCUCUUGGGGACGAAGGAUUCUUCAAUCAACCCAACAACUCUGACUGGAACUAUCGUGGAACAAUGGGAGUUGAUUUUGCCGCCAACAUGAAGAUUAGCACGCUUGAUUUCGGUACCUUUCACCUUUACCCCAUUCCAUGGGGCGAAUCCAAUUAUGGGCCAUGGGGCCAGCAAUGGAUUAUUGACCACGCAACGGUCAUGAACUCCACCAACAAACCCGUCAUCAUCGAAGAAUUUGGCGUCACGUCCAGCUCAACACGCAAUGCUACUUAUGCUUCUUGGUACUCAACGAUUCUCAGCUCUGGGCUCACAGGAGACUUGCUUUGGCAAGCUGGCUCACAGCUCACCAACAGCGCGUCGCCCGAUGAUGGUUAUGCGAUUUAUCCAACAGAUCCCGUCUAUGCAUUGUUGCAGCAACACGCCGCUCAACUCAAAGCUCGGGCCUAA